GGUAAUAUGGCUCCGUAGCGGGCGGCCGGCUCGGCGCUGCCGCCGCCAUUAACCCCUGCGCGCCCGGCGGCCUCGGGGGAGCCGAGCGGGGACCCUGCGUGAGGAUGACCUCGGCUGCCGGUCCCGCCGCGCUGCCGCCCGGCUCCGCCGCCCGCGCCCUGCAUGUGGAGCUGCCUUCGCAGCAGGUACGGCGGGGCCUCGGCGCGGCGCUCGGAGGGCGCUGAGGCGGUGGAGCGCCGUCUUCGUCACCUUCGGAACAUUGCUGCACGUAACAUUAUUAAUAAGAAUGGUCAUCGCCUCUUGGACACAUACUUCACUCUUCACUUGUGUGAUAACACCAAGAUCUACAAAGAAUUUUAUAAGAGUGAGGUGAUCAAGAAUUCUCUGAAUCCAACAUGGAGGAGUCUGGACUUUGGAAUAAUGCCUGAUCAUCUUGAUACCUCUGUCUCUUGUUUUGUUGUGAGGAUCUGGGGUGGCAAGAAGGAACACUUUCAGCUUUUGAUUGAGUGGAAGGUCAAUUUAGAUGGGUUAAAGUACUUGGGCCAGCAGAUCCAUGCAAGAAACCCAAAUGAGAUUAUUUUUGGUCUCAAUGAUGGUUAUUAUGGAGCUUCAUUUGAACAGAAGGAUCACUCAGGUACCCUGAAGAACAGUCUUCUCCAGGUGGAUCAGAACUGUGUUCGUAACUCUUACGAUGUCUUCUCUUUGCUUAGGCUCCACAGAGCUCAGUGUGCAAUUAAACAGACUCAGGUAACUGUUCAGAAAAUAGGAAGGGAGAUUGAAGAAAAGCUGAGAUGUACAUCUACGAGGAAUGAACUGAAAAAGGAGAGUGAAUGUUUACAGUUGAAGAUCCUGGUGCUGCGUAAUGAACUGGAGCGACAGAAGAAGGCCCUUGGUCAAGAAGUAGCCUUGUUGCAUAAGCAAAAAAGUACUUUGCUUGACAGAGCAAAUGCAUUUGGGACUGAAUACCAGAAACUUGAAGAGCAUAAUGAAUCUUUAUAUGAAUCAAGAAAGGAAUGCACUGCUAAGAGAGAACAGUUUUUGAAGAUAAAUGCCCAGCAGACUAUUCGAUGCAAGCAGUUGCUGUCGGAGCUGUCCUACAUCUACCCUAUUGAUUUGAACAACCAAAAGGAUUACUUUGUGUGUGGAGUCAAGCUUCCUAAUUCUGAAGACUUUCAAGCAAAAGAUGAUGGAAGCAUUGCUGUGGCCCUGGGCUAUACCGCUCACCUAAUUUCCAUGAUAUCCUUCUUCUUGCAAGUGCCACUCAGGUAUCCCAUAAUUCACAAGGGCUCCCGGUCUACAAUCAAAGACAAUAUAAAUGACAAGCUGACGGAAAAAGAGCGAGAAUUUCCUUUAUAUGCAAAAGGAGGGGAGAAGCUUCAGUUUGAAUAUGGAGUUUACCUUCUCAACAAAAAUAUAGCACAGCUUAGAUACCAGCAUGGGCUGAGUACUCCAGAUCUGAGGCAAACUCUUCCUAACCUGAAAAACUUCAUGGAGCUUGGACUGAUGGUUAGGUGCGAUCGACACCAUACAUCCAGUGCAAUUCCUGUUCCAAAGAGACAGACCUCUAGCUUCGGCAGAUUGGAUAUUGGUUUUUCCAGUGGGCUUCCUUCUCCAGAUAAAGGACUCCGAAAACGAGCCAGCACAGGAACCGAGAGACUACAGUACAAAACUCCUCCUCCUAGUUACAACUCUGCUUUAACACAGCCUGUUGCUGUCACAGCCUGUGUGGGAGAGCUGGAUAAAAAACCUGGACCCAUAUGUUCUUCCUUGGACACCUCCAUGGACUCCUCCAAAAGAAAUACCAAAAAAGGCCAGGACUUGUGCAGUAGUUUGAAUGGAGAAAACGGAAGCCUAAACAAUACCCAAGACAGGCAGGAAUCUUUCCUAGGACAUUCUAGUGCAAUAAAUGGGGCGUUUCUACCUGGCAAGUGCUCUGGCACCAUGAACAACGAGCAGCCCUGUGCAUUUCAGCCCUCACUCAACCCCGUGCUUUGCUGCACUGUGGAGCAGGCAGAGGAGAUCAUGGGUAUGGAAGCGACAGGAUUCAGCGCGGGAGAUCAGCUGGAAGACUUUACCUCCAUCCCAGUGGAACAUGCUGUAGCGGUUGAGUGUGACGAACAAGUCCUAGGGGAGUUUGAGGAGUUCUCUCGAAGGAUCUGUGCACUGAAUGAGAACAUGUCCAGCUUCCGCAGACCUCGUAAAAGUUCGGACAAGUGAGCUCGGACGGAGAUUUGAUAGCAGACAUUGAGGUGAAAUCAGUGGUCUGGAAUAGAAAUAAAAUUGCACUUAUUCUUUAUAUUAAUUAUGAAAAUAAAAAAAGCUAAAGUUGUUCCUAUGGUGUUAGACAAAUGGACUUGAGCACAAUAACACAGGAUCAUGGUGUAUUCACAGCCCAGGUAACUUCAUUCUGCUUUAAGUCCUUUUCUCUCUGGUAUUUAUAAUCUGUUGGAGGUUUUGUGGGAUUUUUUUCUUAGGGCAUUGGAAUCCACUUAUAAAGGCUUUUCUGAAAACAACUUCUAGUGCUGAUCAGCCCCUUCUAUGAAUGUUUGUUAUGUUCUUAAUUAUUAUUUAGAGUUAAAUUUAUUUUAAUCUUUUCAGAAGAAAAACCCUUUAAUUUAAUAUAUUUUUACAGUAAGAUGUCUUGACAUUCUCCCAUGUACUCCUGUGUUUGCUUGAGCAAUGUAGUCAGUAUUAGAGAAAUACCAUGAAUUUGCUACAAUUGGACAACUUUAUUUUGGCUGUGCUCUGUAGCCUUUGAAGUUCUAGUUUGCACUGAGGAGUCUUCACUUGGCAGUGUGAACUUGCCAGAGAAUGAGCACCUGUGUGAUUUUUUUUUUGCAGUUUCCUUGCACCUGGUUAAUCAGAAAUGACAUUUGGGGGGUUUUCCACCCCUCUUUUCCUCCAAACUUGCUCUUCCUACCAGUGGAAACCUUGAGAAGUUCUGUGUAAUAAUCUCAACCUGACCAUUCCCCACUUAGGGUGGGCACAGAUCUCAUUAGUAGAGACUUAAUGAACCCAGUACCAACAUGGGGUUCAGCUGCUACCCUCCAAGGUGUGCAGUGGGGACAGUGUGCCCUGAGACACUUCAGACAUCUUCCAAAACACCCAGACUGGGAAUGAAGCACUUUGGAAUCAGGUGAAUGUGUGGAAUUGCUCCAUCCUCUGUAAAAAGGAGGCACUUAACAUUAUUCAUCUGAAUUUUUAUUUUUUUAACCAUCUAUACUUUGAGGGAAGAAACUUCCAGUGGUUUGCUGGAGGUGCAGUUUGCUGUUGGGUAGGUUACCACUGUCACAUGUGUUCAGCUGCACUAAUGAGAAAGUAAUUUGCAGCCUGCUUUGUGAUUCCUGGUAUGUAUUUCAAUUUGGAUUUCAUUGCUCUUGCUUUCUAUAUUGUAUACCCAAGAAUCUGAGCUCAGUUGUGAGCUCUGAAAUAUAAAAGUAUAUAGCAGAAUAAAAAUACUUCAUCUUGUCUGGCUUUUUUUUCCUCUCCCUGGUUUAUGUUUUCUUUUGAACCCACAACCUAGUCUUUUCCUAACUUCACUGUAAGGCUAGCUGAAAUUAACUUUUUAAAAAUAUGGAUAUGUAUAAUCUCAGCUUUCUGUUAUCAAAACAAGAUGUGUUUGUGAGAACCGGUAUACAUAAUAGCACUGUUCUAGAAUAUGCAUUUUUCCAGGUAACGCCUUAAUGAUUGCAUUAAAACUAUAUUCACAUUUCUUCGGUUAGCUUUUAAUGGUUGUGUCCACAGUUGAGUGGUUGGAUAGAGCCUCUCUGCAGCAAUUUGCUGGCUUCAGUCUGUCCCAGGAUGAAGUGCUAGAUGGAGCACUCGGAGACCUUGAUUUUGAGACACCGAGCACGGUUUCAGGUACACAGUUGGACACAUCCAUGAGCAUCUUCUCCCCCAUAUUAGCUCCUCUGUUCAAACCCCAUGAAAACUUCCCCAAAGAAAGUGCUGCAGAAGCUUAAAGUGCUGCUAUCAUCUUUGGAAAGAACAGUUAGGAAGCCCUUGCUGUCCUUUGGCCUAGAGAGGGAGAAAUGAACACCUGAAAGAACAGCACUUUGUGGUGAUGAGCAUAAGAUACUCUGUCCUGGGCCCUGUACCAUCUUCUGAUACCAGUAUAAUUUCAGGUGGAAUUCAGUAACUUUAGGUCAGUUUUGCACCGUGUGGGAUGGGAUCUGGCAUACUCGAGGCAGCACAGGCCUGUUUGUGCACACACUCGUGUUCCUAUAUAGCAGAAAAGCAUUAGCUUGUGUAUGAUGGUGACUUUUCAAAGCAACCCAAAGAGUAGUUGUGAAGUCACUGUGUUUCAUAGGUGAACAUGGAGUGUCUCAGAGCAAUUUAGCAACGUGUGAAAUUAGGUUUGUACAGCAUCAGUGGGACUUUUUUUUCCAUUAGUUUUUAUUUCUCAGGUUGCACAAACCAAAUGAAGUCUAGUUCUCCUCCCCAAUGUUGUGUUGCUGUUCCUGUUUAACCCUUGCAAUUGGUAAUGUGCUAAACACUACGGUUGAUUUUUGCAUCUGUUGCACAAAGCUGCUCAGAUGGGCUUUCUGUGGAUGUAUCUGGUUAGCCUUAAAUUAUCCCUGUGUUUCUCUUCCACUCCUGCCACUUUCCAUGUAGCAUGUGGUGUGAGGUGGGACAGGGCUGAUGAAGCAUUGACCAGCUCCUUGUGGCUGUGAGGAAGGGGCUUGUACAGACUGCAGCUGUGUCAUAGCUUUCUCCUUUUGGUGUUUAUUUUUUUCACCCCCUGUAAAUUACUUUGGAAAUAGUGUAGUGGAAGAGAAACAAACAGGAGAUUUGAGGGUGAGAUAAUGGAUCACAGUGUAUGUUCACUUUUCAAGAGCCUUUCAGUUCCUGCACAGCUGUGGCACUUAAAAGUCUGCAACUGUCUGCAAAUUGAGAAAACAUUUCAUUGCAAUCUCAAUCUAAUCCCUCAUUAGAAAUCCUUAAGAUUUUUGAGCAUAUUAGUUUUGGAAUAUCAGAUCCCACUAUAUUUUUAUAGCAAGCACAACAGCAUUGGUUUAUCCUUGCUUGACCAGGUAUUUAAAAUAAGCAAGACCCGAAUAUCGCAUAAUAAAUGACACAUUAAAAUUAUGUUGGCAAUUGCAGGAAAGCUCAUCUGUCUUUAUAAAAUAAAAUUGAUUUGUAUCUCUCAA